UCUAGGGAAAGGGAUCGGCGCUACCACGCGGGGAGCGCGCUCUCCGGCCCGGCCGCGGCAUGCGCUCGCUGCUGGGCCUGCUCCUGGUAUUCGGCUGCUGCACUUUCGCGCUGUACCUGCUGUCCACGCAGCUGCCCGUGGGGCCGAGGCUGGCGUCGGCCGAGGAGCCCCAAGGCCGGUCACUCUGGUUCCCCUCAGAUCUAGCGGAGCUGCGGGAGCUCUCCGAGGUCCUUAGAGAGUACCGGAAGGAGCACCAGGCCUAUGUGUUCCUGCUCUUCUGCAGUGCCUACCUCUACAAACAGGGCUUUGCCAUCCCUGGCUCCAGUUUCCUGAAUGUUUUGGCUGGUGCCUUGUUUGGGCCAUGGCUGGGACUUUUGCUGUGCUGUGUGCUGACGUCGGUGGGUGCCACAUGCUGCUACCUGCUUUCCAGCAUUUUUGGCAAACAGCUGGUCAUCUCCUAUUUUCCCGAUAAAGUGGCCCUGUUGCAGAGGAAGGUGGAGGAGAACAGAAACAGCCUGUUCUUUUUCCUGCUGUUCCUCAGACUCUUUCCCAUGACACCAAACUGGUUCUUGAACCUGUCAGCCCCGAUCCUGAACAUCCCCGUCGUGCAGUUUUUCUUCUCCGUGCUCAUCGGUUUGAUUCCAUACAAUUUCAUCUGUGUGCAGACAGGCUCCAUUCUAUCCACCCUCACUUCUCUGGAUGCUCUUUUCUCCUGGGAAACUGUCCUGAAGCUGCUGGCCAUUGCCCUGGUUGCUUUGGUUCCUGGAACCCUCAUCAAGAAAUUCAGCCGAAAGCACCUGGCCCUGAGUGACCCGAGGAGCACUCGUCACCUCGGUGGCAGGAAGGACGCGUGACACAGGUGCCAUGUUUACCACAGCCCUGGACUCUGCUGCUGGUCUGUGUGAUGGGCAACGGUCCUUUAUUGUCCUCAGUGUGUUUUAAUCACCCUCAGGAAGGUGAUCUGAACCGCGUUCUAGUGUGUGCAGAGGCCUAUCAGAAGGGCGCUCUCCUUGAGGGUCCACUCCCAUUUAGCAGGGUUCUGUGAAAUGAACUGCUUUCUAGAAAAUCUUGUUUUGGUUCUGUCCAAUAAUAGGGACUCAGUCUGUUGGGCUUGCCUCUUGCCAGUCCCUGAGAUGUCUUGGGAGAAGAUGCUGGUGGCCUUUUGGACAGGCUGUAUAACAGGUACUCCUGUUAAGUCCCUGUGGAUAUUAGUAUCAGACAGAACUCUAGCCCGUUAGUCUCCUGAAGAGUGUCUUCUCUACCUUUUUGCUGAUGAUCUACCUCUCCAUAAGCCAAGGGACCCACGGCGAACUGCCUAAGACUUACACACAGCUCGAGUGCAAUGAUUCCUGUAAUAUCGCCGUUCACACACUGAUAUUUCUAUGUCUGAGCUUCUUGUGGUUGUAUGUCUUCAGAGUUAAGCUGAUUCAAACAUGAUUAAAUAUGAAUGGAGCCAGCUUUGCAUGUUCUGAAUGUGUUCUGAGGAAAUGAUCCCUCAUCCCAAGGCCCUGCCAUGCUUCGUCUGAAUCAAAUGGCUGGUUGUGUAUUUUCUGCCUGGGAAUCCCUUCUACCGCCUCCUGCUGGGAGAGUGGCGUCAGUGCAGGAGACUGUCAGCCAGUAAACACACUGUGAUUUGUUUUGUUUUGCCUUUGCAGGAACAGCUGAGGAAUUUGUACUUUUUAAUACAAACAGGGAAGCGCGGUGUGAGUGCUUGCCUGUCUGGUCGUCACUCACAGCUGUCACUGUGUCUUCCAACUGUGGCCCUGGGCUGAUAGCUCUGUGGGCUUGGACCUCAUGGGGACAACUCACGACAAGGACUUGCUAGCACUGCUGCUCUCGGGCAUCACAGGCUGGGCUGGUGUGUUUGUCUCAGGUCUGGGCUCAGCUAGGAGUCUUGCCAAGACUUCAGUCGAGGCCUGAUGUGCGUACUCGCGCUCCACAGUGAGAGUGGAUUUCCGUGUCAUGGUGUUUUUAAGGCUUUCAUUAAAAAAAGAAAUGUGUAAAAGAAGCCUUUCUGAUGAGAGGAUGACAGGAAAGAGACUACACUUGAAGCCGGUGGUUCCAGAGCAUUUUGGAGUAGAGAGGGAGAGAAGAUGGGGUUUUUUCCCCCUUUGCAUGUGUGUCGCCAGCGGGGUUCCACACAAGUGUGCCUUAUCAGGAUUGAGCUCACAGGAGAAGGGAUUUCCCUAAUCCAUGGACAUAAACAUUCUGCAGUGAAGACAGAACUUAAGAGCUUGUCUCUGCAUGUUGCUGACUCAAAACUGCCUUUACGAAAGGGACCAGAAUUGACUAAAAAAUAUGAUUCAAAAGACUGGUUUAGCUCCCUGUUCCCAGCAGGCCUCUGACCAAAUUAUGCCAGCUUCCCAUUUGCCUCUCUUGGCUUAAGAGUGAUGUCAUUGGUAACAGGACAGCUGCAGGAAAGGCAGCAGAUGGCUCAGGAAGAACCAGAGUGCCUGCCUACGCCUUUAUGGGAAAUCUCAGACAAAAUGGAAACCGCAACUUUAGUGCUUGUCCCUGAAAUGUAAGAGUCCUGGCUUCAGAACCCAGCUUGCCUUUUCCCUGAAAACCUUGCAGGGCAGCUUAUAGGACGCUAACAGCACCUUUAGGAAAAGACAGGACCAGAACACACCAGGUAGACUUUUCGUUUAAUUUCAUGCAUUGGUUUGUUUUCAUUCAUUCUUGAUCCCAUUGCUGUUUGGUACAAAGCCAGAGCCCGUAUCUGAAAAUGACGUGGAGCCGGAGACCUGGGAGCUUCAAGAAGACAAGGGAAUUCAUUUUGAGACUUUAAUACUUGAAAGAAAUUCAUUUGUCCUGAAUCAACAGGAGCUCAAAUUAUUGUAAUAAAUAAUCAUAGAGAGAAAGAGAGGGUGGGGUGGGGACAGACAUACAUACAUUAAUAAAAAAGACUCAAAAGAUUUCCUCAUCCGCUGUGAAGUGGGGUUCUAAAGGUGAAGAGCCCCUGGUGAUAUGGUCAAGAUGAUACCUUUUCCUAAUAGCUUGCACAUGUGGCUGGGUCUCUAGAUUGUAACCAUGGGAGGACUGUGGUCACUGACUGGAUACUAGUGACCUCCAGUGCUGUGCAGGAGCCCCGGGGAGCAGGGCUGUGAUUGUGCUAGAAGUUUCCUGACAGUGGCUUUGCCAUCUGCUGAGGAUGUGGCACCUGAAAUCCUGCUGGCAUGCCUUUGCCAUGCAUGUGGCAUUUACCAAAGCCUCACUCAGCUCUUUCUCUGUUUCUGAGAGCUGUCCUCUUCAACUACCUGUCCCUGAGAAAUAUUCUGGGUUCCACUGGGUCCUCCACUCAGCAGCCUCGUUCAGUCCAUUCUUGUUUGAAGGGGCAUCUGCAGUGCCAUGCAGAGAAGCAAACAAACACACCCAGUGGGACAGUCUGGAGGGAGGUAAGCGCAUUGGGACGUUUGUUCUAUGGCACCAGCAAAGAAAAACCUUGCUGCCUGGGAAGGCUGGACCACACUGACAGUUGAAGAGAAGUCUUGACAGUGUUUCACAGCAUUUUGGGAGGAAGCAGGUAACAGACUGCACACUUCAGUUCUCAGACAGGGAAGGGUGUGCUCAUCUGGUACAGCUAAGUGUGGGUAGAGAUGCGAUUGGUGCAGUUCAAAGGGGAAGAAUGAAGGCAGGUGGCCCUUUGUCAUGACAUGCCCCCGUCAGCCUAGGGAACCCAUAAGGAGACUACUGGCGUGGUCCUAGACUUGUCCAGCAGGAACUGAGGGUCUAGAAUCGUCUUUAGGGAACGGUUGUGAGCUCAGAGCUGGGAGCUGGGUUAAUAAACACUUUGCACAUAAAUUCCAACAAGUACUGACGGAUGCUCCAGAUGCUACUGUGAGUGGCUCUGAGGCUGUAGCAAGGCUCAGCAGGGAGCAGUACAGUGCUCAGUAAAAGAUGCUGCCAUGGGGCUUAGUGUGGAGGUGGUCCAUGGUGGCAUAGGGCGGUGCAGGGCAGUUUGUGUGUGUGUGUGUUUUGAGACAGAGUCUCAUCAAGUCACUCUGACUAGCUUGAAUGUAGAUCAGGCUGGCCUUGAAAUCAUAAAACUCUACCUGUCUCUGCCUCUCCCAGAGCUAGGAUUAAAGGUAUAUGCCAGCAGACCCAGCAAGAAUUUUCUUCUUUUAUGAGAACUUGAGUGGGCGGGCGAUCUCCAGGCCCCGCCCUAUUGAGGAGCUCCUGGGGGAAGGAGGAUCAUCCUUUUUCCACGGAAGUGGUUCUCUUAGCUUCCCAUGCCCUACAGUGGGUGUCCCCAUAUACAUGCACUCAUGGACGGCACUACUAGACUUGGAGAGUUACCAAAACAACAACAUAACCCCCACCCCCAAACAAAACCAUCAAGUUGGGAGUGGGCUACGGAGGGGGAACGGGGUGAAUGUGAUCAUAUUUCAUUGUAUACAUCUAUCACAUUCUCAAGGAAUAAAAAAAAAAAAGGAACAUUUGAGAUAUAAGGGCAUGAGAAAAAACAGUAAACCACCGAAUCAAUAGGAACACGUUCCCACCGAGAAGACGUCAGUGCCACCUUGUGGGGACACUGACAACCCUGAGUUAGUGACAUGAACUCCAAAGUCACUGCCCCCAUCGCCUAGAGUAGGUUGGGGACAGCAGAGCACAGUGGGGCCCCAAGUAAGUACCACACAGCACCUACUCAAAAUGACCUUAAUUCCAGGAUGAAUUUGGUGGAUCUAACGGCUUAAAAUACUCAGUCUUCAAUCAGGCUACUAAAGACACCUUACAACACCACUUCAUCGCCCUGCGCAGGCUCUCCCAGAGUCCUGCAGCUAGCUCUCAGGUGAGGUAUGUUUCAAAGGGGACACAGGCGUCUCCGUUCCUGUGCUAAGCAAUUUUAAGAGGGAUUUUUAUUCAGGGACAUGAUCUAGAAGAAGAGAGGAAAUCCAGUGCUUGACUGCAAUGCAAAAUGAAACUCCCCUUGGUAGUCAGUCCAACCAAACCAGAUGGCCAAAGAAUGAAGGUGUUCAUCCUGCACCCAGUGACGAAGCUUGAGAUGGGCCUGGCAAGGCUUCUCAAAGCACCAACACGUGGCGGCAGCUAAGGGCACUGAAGAGCUGGCUCUUACGUUCUCUGAGCUCUCCACUCAGAGUUCUGCUGACUACAGUGUUCUCAAGGAAACACACUCCAGUUUCCUGAUCCAAGGUAGGCUCUGGGGGUAAGGUGGGGGAAGUCUAUUUUCCCUUUUAACCUUGCUUGGAAUAGUAAUUUUAUUCAAAAGGACGGGUUUUACUCCUACCUUGAGGGCACAGCGAAUGACUGGAGUCCACACACACCCCUAGCAAGCCUAUGACAGUUAAGCCAGAUAAAAGUGGCCUUAGCGUGAUGGACAGGGAGGAGAGGACGGGAAUUCAGAAUGAAGACUGAUGUAGCAGGUGCGUUUCCUGGGAGGACCAACACUGAAAGUUGCCCGACAGAAGUUGGCCUUUGUGUAAACAGCUGGUUCUGCUUUGUGUUGGACAUAAAGAGUCUCUGUUCCAAGGAAUAAGGGACCUGAGGCUGGAGGAUGAGGGAAUAGUGCCUCUGAUGUCAUUCCUCAGCCCUGUGACCCCCAAAUGCCUCCACCUCCUAGAACUCUUGUCUAUUCCAGAAGCAGAUCGUGACUGGCAUUACGUACUUUCCUUUGUUCUAGACUUUCUGCUCUUCCCAAUUUGUGGGGCACAGUGGGAAGGCGAUGACUCGCUUUGCUGUACACUCUUGAAACUGCCUCAUGAGCCUCCGCAGAAAUGCUUUGUCUUGCUGUAAGAGCAUUAAAUCUCUUUUUGCCUCUACUUCAGUGCCAUGAUUUUAUUUCUAAGACAUUGGAGGAGAAAGUUUAUAACUUUUGGGACUUUUGAACGAUUUGUUCAUCAACUUGGUCAUCUGCCCAUUCAGGAGAUUUUACAAUCAGUUAAAAACAAAAUCAUCACAGUGUACCCAAUGUUUGUCAGGGCAGAACACACCCCCUCAAAGUAGCUGCUACAUCCAGGAAGCCAGGGAAACCACCAGGGAGUACACUGAGGAAUGCCAGGCAUCCCACAGACAGCUCCAUCCCCAGACCCUCACUAGGCCCACAGAAGCCCAUAA